CAAAAGAAAAGGCACCUUCCAUUAUUUUCAUAGAUGAAUUGGAUGCUAUAGGAACUAAACGUUUUGAUAGUGAAAAAAGCGGUGAUCGAGAAGUACAACGAACAAUGUUGGAAUUAUUAAAUCAGCUUGAUGGAUUCAGCAGUGAUGAAAGAAUUAAGGUGAUUGCCGCUACGAAUCGUAUUGAUAUUUUGGAUCCUGCACUCUUGCGAUCAGGACGUCUUGAUCGAAAGAUAGAAUUUCCGCUUCCAAAUGAAGAGGCACGUGCACGUAUUCUCCAGAUUCAUUCACGUAAAAUGACCGUUGGUUCCGAUGUCAAUUACGAAGAAUUAGCUCGUUGUUGUGAUGAAUUCAAUGGUGCCCAAUGUAAAGCUGUUUGCGUUGAGGCAGGUAUGCUGGCAUUGAGGAGAAAUGCAACCGAGUUGAAUCAUGAAGAUUUUAUGGACGGGAUUCAAGAAGUAAUGGCAAAAAAGAAGACUUCUUUACAGUAUUAUGCUUAG